UAGCGCAGGUGUAUAACCGCCUGGUGAUCUUUUGGACCCAAAAGUUUGUUAUCUCGGUGGGCGAAGUGGGAGGAGAUUACAUGAAGAGCUGCUGAGCAGAUGACGGAGUAAAUUUGGCACUCGGCACGAUUUAUGCUCGGUGUCGUUGAUACGGAAGCCUUUUUUCUACAGAUUAUAGGAUAAACGAGGCCGGAUUUCGUGUUUUAAGUGUCUACCUAAGCUGUUGUUCAUCCUAAUCGCUCAGCAAUGAAUCUUGCACGAAAGCUGGAUGUCGUCAUAUUCGGAGCGAGCGGUUUCACCGGGAAGUAUACCGUGCUAGAGAGCAUAAAGCUGCUGGGCAACAUGCGAUGGGGAAUCGCCGGACGAAGCCAAAACAAGCUGGAAGAAGUGCUGAAGGAAGUGGGAGCAAAGGCUAAGACGGAUCUGUCCAACGUGCCGAUCGUCCUGGCGGAUAUAAAUAAUCAGGAUUCGUUGAACAACAUGGCACGCGAUUGUCGCGUGAUUGUGAACUGUUGCGGACCAUACCGGCUGUUUGGAGAACCGGUACUGAAGGCGUGCUUGGAGGCUCGUACCCAUCAUGUCGAUGUAAGUGGUGAGCCGCAGUUCCUGGAGGGAAUGCAGCUAAAGUACCACGAGGCCGCUAAGGAGAAGGGCAUAUACAUGAUAUCGGCAUGUGGAUUCGACAGUAUUCCGGCCGACAUGGGAACCGUGUUUUUGGAGCAGCAAUUCGACGGUGUGGUAAAUUCGGUGGAGAGUUACAUUUUCUCGAAACAGAAAGGUCGCAAAGAAAUGGGUGCCAUUCACUAUGGCACUUGGGCAUCCGCUGUGCAUGCGAUGGCUAACAUGCGGGAGAUAGGAGCGAUACGGCGGCAACUGUUUGCAAAGAAACUGCCCGACGUGAGACCAAAAUUGCAGGAAAGACCGACCAUCCAUCGGUCAGAGCACGGGAACAAGUGGUCACUGCCAUUCCAGGGAGCUGAUCGAUCCUGUGUUGCUCGAACGCAGAGAUUUUUCUAUGAAACGGAAAACAAACGACCUUUGCAGAUGCGAGCUUACAUAUCAUUCGGAGGGCUUUCGGAAGUGUUGGCGGUAUCCUUCAUAGGAGCUAUAUUUUGGUUGAUGGUGAAGACCAACUUCGGAAAACAGCUUUUGCUGAACUAUCCGAGACUGUUCUCGCUGGGUCUGGUGUCGCACGAGGGCCCCAGCGAUCAAGCGAUGAACAAUGUGGAUUUUGCAUUAUACUUUGAAGGAAAGGGAUGGGAGGAAAAGCUAGCCAGUCCAACGGACAAGUACACUACUCCACCGAACAAGGUGAUUCGCACGAAGGUAACCGGAACUAACCCGGGCUACGGUGCAACAUGUGUUUCGCUGCUGUUAUGUGCCCGGACCAUCCUACUGGAAGGGGACAGUAUGCCGGGAGAGGGAGGCUUUUUAACUCCGGGAGCUGCAUUUGCCAAAACGAGCCUCAUCGAAGAGCUAUGUAAAAACGGAUUUACAUUUGAAGUUCUUUCACAGGCAAAACUGUAAAUGCUUAAAGCCAAAACUACAAAUUAAUUGGUGAAAGAAAUAAACAUACCAACCGGGUUAGAUGAUAACUAAAAAUCAGCGAAUAAAACCAAGUUUUGAUGAU